GAUUUGCAGUCCCACCGUACCAGUGCUCCAGUCGUCUUCUCCUGAUGGGGUCUACUUUAUGAUCAGACAUGGGAAUUCUACAGUUCUCCCUAUUUGAUUACCGUUUGCCUUGUUGAGACAACCCGUAAAGGAAUUCUCUACAUCUACUGGAACAUAUUUGCUUCUUCAUGAAGAUUCUUUGGUGACCUCUUUUUUUUUUUUGAUGUGUUGACUGCACAAAGCCAUGUCUUGGUUUGGAGACCCUCAGUGGCUCGGGCUGGUGACCCUGUUCGUCGCCGCCCUGGUCACGCUUGCCGUUUAUCUCUUCCAGAACGUUUGGGGUGGAUUGUGGAGGCGUACAGCAAAGUUGGGUUAUUCUGGUGAACACAGCGAGGCGGAUUCUCUGUUGUCCUGGAUUUUGUCUUUGAAUAGUUGGAAGAGCCAGUGGCUGAAGGCUUGGAUAACUGCACUGAACGAGGAGGCCGGGAAGAGAGGGGGCUCCCUGCGAUUGAUGUUUGAAGAGGACAAUGGCCAAGGGCCCCUGGAGCUGUCUGUGAAGCGAGUAACCAGCGUUGUCAAGUCCAAUAAUGUGAAGGAUGUAUCGUGUUGCUUGGUGGGGGAGGCCAUACAGUUCGCAGUACGAGUUACUCGCACCGUCCCCGCCAACUCCGGGUGCCAGGUUUACAGUGUGCGCGUCACCCCGCUACUGAUAAAUCUGGAGUUUCGCGUGAAGGAGGAAGAUAGAGGCAGCAUUCAGGUGGAGUGGACAAUGGGGAACUUUACUGACCUCGAUCUUCAGGUGCAGCCAAAAACUAAGCUGGAGAUGCCCGGAGCCAGCGUAGUCAUGGAAACCCUGGAGGAUAUAAUGAAGAACCUCAUGAGUUGUGUGCGACCCACCGUGAAGCUGAGCACCAAACCUGCCAAUGUGAAGGAUUACCAGAAUAUAGCUGGGGUCAGUUCUUCAAUUGUCUGCCCCCCUAAACCCCCCCGAGCCCACGAACUGAAGCUUCAGGUGCGGAAUAUCAAAGCGUCGUUGGUGGAAGAAGCAAACCCAUCAGGUCCUGUGGUCUGUUCUGUGCAGCUGAAUGAUCCAGCCCAAAAAUUUACAACUACAGCCAUAAAACCCACCGUGAGCCCAUCCUGGGAGGAAGAAUUCGUCUUAGAACUGAAUGCAAAAUCCAAAGAGCUCCUUCUCCAGAUCUCUGAAGCUGGAAAACCUGCAGACAGUCCCCCCCUGACCUGGGCGACAGUCCCUUUAGACCUAUUCAGGAAGAACCCAUCGGGGAGGCAAAGCUUUCCGCUCAGCUCUGGAUCUGGAUCGAUCAGCGCUCAGUUCUUGUUCGUGGAACCAAAUGAGCUGAAAUCCUUUACCGUCCCAGUUCCGGUGCCGGCGAAGAAAGUUGAGAUGGACCGUACCGUGAUGCCCUGCGGCACCGUGGUCACCACCGUUACCUCUGUGACAUCCAAACCGCGACCGGAUGGCAAGAGUUCGGCGAGCUUCUCUGAAAAAUCUUCCGAUUCACCAGCCAGCACUCCACCCAAAGUAAAAGUCAUUGAGAGAGACUUCUCUGUACAGGCCAUCCCAUCUCACAGCGGUGUGGUUAGCAAGGCCCUGUCCUCUUCAGACACAGAGCUCUUGAUGCUGAACGGCUCUGAUCCAGUCGCAGAAGCUGCCAUAAGACAGCUCAGGGAGUCGUCAAAGCAGUCGCUGAAAUCUCCCCGCAAGAAGAGUACGAUAAUCAUAUCCGGAAUUUCCAAGUCCCUGCUUACUCAGGAUGAAGAAGCCACGCUCAUGUUGGAUUAUGCAGCCACCAUGGACAGCGUGACCAGAAGCGACACGCAGUUCAGCUACGCUGACGUCACCUCAAGGUCGGCGGUGGGCAGAGGUCUCUCGGCGACUGCCACUCUGCCGGUUGGAGCUACCAGUGAUGACCUGCAGGAUGCCUGGGAGCAUGGGAGCCAGCAGGGGGACUGGACCGGUAACGGCACGGAGAGCCAGGACUCUGAAGCGGUAUCCGUUAGUAACUUGAGCGUGUCGGAAUCGGGGAGCAUACGGAAGCCGAAAGGCGGACUCUUUCACAAAGGCGCAAAGCUGUUUUUCCGCCGGAGGCACCAGCAAAAGGACCCCAGCAUGAGCCAAUCCCACAACGACCUGGUCUACCUGGAGCAACCGGGGGCCCCGGAGCACCGCAAAAGAGGCGCCACGCUGUCCCGCCUCCUGAACAGGAAGCUCCUCCCGAAAACCAAACACAAAAACAAACUGCAGAGCAGGCCAGCCGAGGCGGAGCAGGAAUGA